UGUAAUCUGUGAUUUCCCAAACAAACUGUGACUGAGUCCAGUCGGUCAUUGCUGCUCCGAUCGAAUCGAUCUGAUUGCUCUCUCAUUCAUGGCGUUGCGCUCCGUCUUCGACGGCGGAGCCCUGCGGGCCGAGCUCGAAAGCGCCGGCAUCAGUCCCAAUUUCGUCCCGCUAAUCUGGAAGUACGUCCUCCAGGUCCCGGGAUGCGACCUCGGCAAUGUUCCCUCCCUCCCUUCAGCGGCAUAUCCUAUUCUCCGCUCCAAGUUCCGGCCCUUUACUUCAUCCCUCUCUUCCGCCAUCGAUUCCAAGGACCACCUCACUACCAAGCUCCUCAUCACCCUCCAGAAUGGAAAUUCUGUGGAAGCUGUAAUCAUGAGAUAUGAUACAAGAUUAGGAAAAUACAAUGGAAAGCCUCGUCCUGGAGGCCCAAGAUCUACCUUGUGUGUGUCAUCACAGGUUGGCUGCAAGAUGGGUUGUAAGUUUUGUGCUACUGGCACAAUGGGUUUUAAGAAUAAUCUUUCAACAGGAGAGAUUGUGGAACAAUUGGUGUAUGCAUCACGCUUCACAAAUAUUCGGAAUGUUGUUUUCAUGGGCAUGGGAGAACCAUUGAACAACUAUGCUGCUUUAGUAGAAGCUAUCCAUAUCAUGACAGGAUUCCCAUUUCAGAUAUCUCCCAAAAGAAUUACUGUAUCAACUGUUGGGAUAAUUCAUGCUAUCAACAAGCUACCUGGUGAUCUUCCCAAUGUAAAUUUAGCUGUGUCAUUGCAUGCACCAGAUCAGGAUGUCCGUUGUCAUAUUAUGCCAGCAGCACGAGCUUUUCCUAUAGGAAAGCUUAUGGAUGCAUUACAGACCUAUCAAACAAACACUCAGCAGAAAAUUUUUAUUGAGUACAUCAUGCUUGAUGGGGUCAACGAUUUGGAGCUGCAUGCCCACCAGCUUGGCAAAUUACUAGAAACAUUUCAUGUGGUCGUAAAUUUGAUUCCUUUCAAUCCGAUCGGUAGUUCCAGUUCUUUCAAGACUAGCAGCGAGCAGAGCGUAACAAGAUUCCAGAAAGUUCUUAGAGGUGUGUAUAAUAUCAGGACAACAAUCCGACAAGAGAUGGGUCAAGAUAUCAGUGGUGCCUGUGGGCAAUUGGUUCUGAACCUUUCAGAACAAAGAUCAACUGGUGGUGCAACUCUAUUGACUGACAUUGAGGAUCUUCAUAUCUGACAUUGUGGUCACUGCAGCUAGCUGGUCAAAUUUUGCGCACUCAAUGCCAGCUCUUUUCACAAAUUUAAUAGGCAAGUACUUCUGUUCAAUAUUAGAUUUCACCUUAGCCCGAAAUGCUAGCUUUCAACGUCUCAUUUUCACGACAAACUGUAUAAUUCAGAUAAAUUUUACUGACUAGUAAAAAGUAUUUUGCAUAGUUUAGGCUCA